AUGCCACGUAUACCUGGCCCUAACUUAAUAGAGCUCUCAGAUUCUGAGGCUGAGACAAAGUUUGAGAGGGAGGAAGAGUCCAGUGAAGAGCUGGGGAAGGAUGAGAGUGAGUUGGAGACAGACAACGAAGGAGAGAUUGAGCCAGAAGAGGAUGAACCCCCCAAGAUGGGAGAUGAGAAUUUGGAGGUAACCAGUGGUACGAUGAAGCAGGCUGAUGAAAAGAAAAAGGUGCCUUUUGAUGCAGUGGGAAGAGGUGAAUUUGAAAAAGCUGUUCAGCUCUUCACUGAUGCCAUCAAACUGAACCCAUGCUUUAGUCUUACUUUGUAUGUCAACCAAGCCAGUGUAUUUGUACCAUUGCAAAAGCCAAAUGCUGCCAUCAGAGACUGUGACAAAGCCAUAAAAAUUGACCCGAAUUCUGCACAGCCAUACAAGUGGAGAGGGAAAGCAUUUUGGCUCCUGGGUCACUGGCAACAGACUGCCAAGGACCUUGCACUGGCCUGCCAGCUGGAUUAUGAUGAAGAUACCAAUAACAUGUUGAAGGAGGUUCACAAAGGAGUCCAGAAAAUUGCCAGGCGCCAAAAAAAUGAUGAGAAACAAAACACAAAGCGAUCAUUGGAUGCAUUGCCAAGGGUGUGGAAAUCUAUGGCAGAAGAGGAGAGGCAUCAGCUUCUGACUUUUCAAGAAAAGGAAAAACCACAGCUUCAGAAUGCCCAGGAGCAUGAACAGGUUCACCUUUGGACCUCCCAGGAACCUGAUAAGGGCUGUUGUAGGGAAUCUGAAGAGCAAAACCAAUAUCCAGUAGAAGAGAGUAAGUUUUACAUGGAAGGUCCAUGUAGAGCUGAGGGGGAGGAAAAGCCCAGUGGAGAAUCAAAGACUGAGGACAGUGAACUCAAUACUGAAAAUGGAAGGAUUGGCUGA